AUGCCGCCUCUUUUGGAAAUGGAAGAAUAUUCUGUGGCAUGGAUCGCGCCAUUGGCCAUAGAAGCAGCCGCCGCCAUACAACUGCUUGAUGAGCAUCAUGGGGUGCCAGCCCGUAAACCCGGCCAAACAUUGGUCUACCAUCUUGGUCGCAUGGAAGACCAUAAUGUUGCCAUUGUAUGCUUUCCCGCCGGCGAGUGUGGAAUCGGAGUGGCGGGCUUUAUGGCUGCUGAAGUGAAACGCGAUCUUCCUCACUUGGAGAUCGGUCUACUAGUUGGUAUUGGGGCCGGUAUCCCAUCAUCUGAGAAUGAUAUUCAUCUGGGUGAUGUUGCUGUUGCUGUCCCUGAUGGGGAUAACGCGGGGGUGAUUGGAUACGACUUAGUCAAAAUCGAACCCGAGGAGGUACGACUGAAGCAAUGGCAGAAUGGAAGCCAUUCUAUGCUGCGAUCUGCAAUCUCCAGUCUGAAUGCCCGCUUCAUAGCUUCUAAUGGCAGAGACAAUUACCUCCUCCCACAUCUCGAGCGAUUCAAAGGAAUAACUUUUAAACGCCCUCAAACACCAUCGCAGCCAUCCACUUGCUCUCAACACGUCUUGCAGCCCCGAGAUUACCCCAUCGUUCAUCAUGGCACUAUUCUCUCUGGCAAUAAAGUCAUCAAAUCGGAACUAUAUCGUGACGAAAUGAGCCGAAAGUACAAAGCUAUUGCCAUGGAGAUGGAGGCAGCAGGUAUCAUGAAUGCUUUACCAGUCGCUGUGAUUCGAGGAGUUAGCGAUUUUGGCGACUCCAAGAAGAAUGAUCUAUGGCAACCUUAUGCAGCCGCAACAGCAGCAGCUUAUGCAAAAGAGUUAUUCAAAGUCCUCGGCCCUCUUGAAAAGGUCCAAGACAUGUUAGAGGAUCGGUCCAGGCGUUUGAACAUGAAGAAUGACUGGAGAAACUCCGUUGUGGAUCUUCUUAAGCUCUUGUUCCUUGAUUCAUCUCGCGAAGCGCGUGCACGUCUGGCCCAGAGAUGGAACGUCUUUGUUGGAAAAGAUGGUGACGCUAUACGAAAUAUUGCUCUCUAUAGACUCAUCAUGAGUGCACUUGCAGCAAAUCAUGGAGAGGUUCCCCUUUCGCUUGUUAAAGCUCUAUCUGUUGACGGGUAG